AUGUGGUGGCCCAGCGACAUCAAGGCGCCCGCCGCAUCCAACGGCGCGCGAUCACGGCCGUCGCGCGCGCCGCAGCAUCCAUGGGCAGAAGAUCUCGUUUCGCGUGCCGACGACGACGCCGUGACCGACGCCGCCGUUCGCGGAUGGGCGUCGGCUGCGGCCGAUUGGGAUGCGCGGAGCGGCGACGAGGGGCGGAUCACGGGGAGAGGGGGAGCGUGGGUGUGGGGGGGAGAGCCCAGUGCGCGCAGGUGGCCGCUAACGGGCAAAGGCGGAGACGCUCAGGGGAAAGGAGGAAGAGCGGGGGAACGGGGCGGCGCGGAAUCGGGUCAGAGCCGAGAGGAGGGGGAAUUGGGGCGGGUAGUGAGAGCGGAUAAAAGGGCUGGUGGGGAGAAUGGCGGCGAGGGAGGAGGUGCGUCGCAACAAGGAGCGCGACGAGGGGGCGGCGCGGAUCUCGAGGCGCGGAUCAGACGCGCGUGCGAGUGGGUGGGGGUUCUUCCUGGCGGCGCUCCGCAGAUUGAAGGGGGAACGGGCAGAGCGGCGGCAAUUCUGGGUGGUUCUGUGGGCUCGUCUGGCGUCACCGAGACUCUUGGGAGCAGUUUGCACGGCCAGGAUUCGCCGUCGGGCAGAUCGGAUUCAGUCUGCGCGAGUUUCCAGCUGUCGGAUGCGCAACGAGUGGGACGGCCAGUAGCCAACCACCUCCCCGCAUCCAGCGCCGCAUCUGGCGCCGCGAAUCGCGCGUGGGAGGCGGGGUACGAGCUGGAGCUCCUGACGGCGGCGUGGGGGGAGCACCUCCCCGUGCUGCUGCUCGACGCCUCCGCGCCUUCCACCUUCCCCGCGCGCCCCUGCGCGGACAACUCUCCGCCUCCCAGCGCCAGGCAGCACCAGGCAUUGCGCCACGCGACGGGAGAAGCGCGCGUCGGGCGCAGGGAGAAGAGCGGCGCGGCGUCGGGCCACUUGGCGGAGGAGCGGGGGGGCGAUCAGCAGCGCGGACGGGGCAAGCGCGCAGCGGGGUCGAGCGGUGCGGCGAUCGGAGGCAGCACUGCAGGAGAUGCGGGUUUAACAGCGACGGGUAGAGGCGAGAACGGGAGGGUCAGUACGGCCCAGCAGACAGUCAUCGCGUUACGCUCUCGCCCCGCCUUGCCAGACUGCCAUGCCCUGUUAGGCUCGGAACCAGGCUCGGUGACAGGCUCGGAAAACCUUCUCUUGGUUGUAGGUGAUGGUUCGUGCCGCGCCUCCUCCCGGCUCACCGCCGCCCCUCCCCCGCCGCCGCCGCUGCUGGCGUCGAUCUCCGCGUCCGCGCUCGCCGCCAAGGGCGCGGGGGAGGGCGCGGCGAAGCGGGCGGCCGAAGCGCUUGCGGGGAACGGCGCGCACUGGCGGAAGCUGCUGCCGUGGGGAUGGCGGAAGGGGACCGCGCAGGCGUGGGGUGAAGCGGGCGGCGGGGUUCGGGGUCUAACAGCGGCGGGGGAGGCGCGGGGCGGAGACACAAGCGCGGAGCGGGAUGAGCGAGAAGAGCGAGAGGGGCGAGAGGAGGGCGAAGCAGGCGAGGCGCACCGCGGCUCCGGCGCGCCGUCUGGUGUGCUCUCCGCCGUGGGACGCGUCGUGGCGGAGAAAGGCCCGUUGGGGCUGUAUUCAGGAGUGGCGGCGAGUCUGGCGACAGCGGCGCCCAUCAGCGCCAUCUACGCGUGCACGUACGAGGCUGUUAAGGAGGCGCUGCUGCUGCUCGUGCCGCAGCGCCUAGCGCCAGUGGCGCAUUGUGUGGCGGGGGCGGCGGCGAGUGUGGCGACGUCAGCGGUGUUCACACCCAGCGAGGCAGUCAAGCAGCGCAUGCAGACCACCACGCACUUCCGCUCCUCCUUGCAUGCGCUGGUGGGCAUGGCGCGCACAGAGGGCGUGGCGUCGCUGUACGGUGGGCUGGCGGCCGUGCUGGCCCGCAACAUCCCCAACUCCGUCAUCAAGUUCCUGACGUACGAGGCGCUGAAGAAGCGAGCACUGGAGGCGCAGGUCAAGGCAGCUGGGGGGGCGGACGGGGCGCAUGCCACCCUGCUCUCCCCCGCCAACCAGGCGGGGUAUCCCCCCGCCACCCCAUCCCCGCCUGGGCUUGGGGGGGCGGACGGGGCGCAUGCCACCCUGCUCUCCCCCGCCAACCAGGCGGGGUAUCCCCCCGCCACCCCAUCCCCGCCUGGGCUUGGGGGGGCGGACGGGGCGCAUGCCACCCUGCUCUCCCCCGCCAACCAGGCGGGGUAUCCCCCCGCCACCCCAUCCCCGCCUGGGCUUGGGGGGGCGGACGGGGCGCAUGCCACCCUGCUCUCCCCCGCCAACCAGGCGGGGUAUCCCCCCGCCACCCCAUCCCCGCCUGGGCUUGGGGGGGCGGACGGGGCGCAUGCCACCCUGCUCUCCCCCGCCAACCAGGCGGGGUAUCCCCCCGCCACCCCAUCCCCGCCUGGGCUUGGGGGGGCGGACGGGGCGCAUGCCACCCUGCUCUCCCCCGCCAACCAGGUGCGGUAUACCGUCCCUAGGCGGGGUAUCCCCCCGCCACCCCAUCCCCGCCUGGGCUUGGGGGGGCGGACGGGGCGCAUGCCACCCUGCUCUCCCCCCGCCAACCAGGCGGGGUAUCCCCCCGCCACCCCAUCCCCGCCUGGGCUUGGGGGGGCGGACGGGGCGCAUGCCACCCUGCUCUCCCCCGCCAACCAGGCGGGGUAUCCCCCCGCCACCCCAUCCCCGCCUGGGCUUGGGGGGGCGGACGGGGCGCAUGCCACCCUGCUCUCCCCCGCCAACCAGGCGGGGUAUCCCCCCGCCACCCCAUCCCCGCCUGGGCUUGGGGGGGCGGACGGGGCGCAUGCCACCCUGCUCUCCCCCGCCAACCAGGCGGGGUAUCCCCCCGCCACCCCAUCCCCGCCUGGGCUUGGGGGGGCGGACGGGGCGCAUGCCACCCUGCUCUCCCCCGCCAACCAGGCGGGGUAUCCCCCCGCCACCCCAUCCCCGCCUGGGCUUGGGGGGGCGGACGGGGCGCAUGCCACCCUGCUCUCCCCCGCCAACCAGGCGGGGUAUCCCCCCGCCACCCCAUCCCCGCCUGGGCUUGGGGGGGCGGACGGGGCGCAUGCCACCCUGCUCUCCCCCGCCAACCAGGCGGGGUAUCCCCCCGCCACCCCAUCCCCGCCUGGGCUUGGGGGGGCGGACGGGGCGCAUGCCACCCUGCUCUCCCCCGCCAACCAGGCGGGGUAUCCCCCCGCCACCCCAUCCCCGCCUGGGCUUGGGGGGGCGGACGGGGCGCAUGCCACCCUGCUCUCCCCCGCCAACCAGGCGGGGUAUCCCCCCGCCACCCCAUCCCCGCCUGGGCUUGGGGGGGCGGACGGGGCGCAUGCCACCCUGCUCUCCCCCGCCAACCAGGCGGGGUAUCCCCCCGCCACCCCAUCCCCGCCUGGGCUUGGGGGGGCGGACGGGGCGCAUGCCACCCUGCUCUCCCCCGCCAACCAGGCGGGGUAUCCCCCCGCCACCCCAUCCCCGCCUGGGCUUGGGGGGGCGGACGGGGCGCAUGCCACCCUGCUCUCCCCCGCCAACCAGGCGGGGUAUCCCCCCGCCACCCCAUCCCCGCCUGGGCUUGGGGGGGCGGACGGGGCGCAUGCCACCCUGCUCUCCCCCGCCAACCAGGCGGGGUAUCCCCCCGCCACCCCAUCCCCGCCUGGGCUUGGGGGGGCGGACGGGGCGCAUGCCACCCUGCUCUCCCCCGCCAACCAGGCGGGGUAUCCCCCCGCCACCCCAUCCCCGCCUGGGCUUGGGGGGGCGGACGGGGCGCAUGCCACCCUGCUCUCCCCCGCCAACCAGGCGGGGUAUCCCCCCGCCACCCCAUCCCCGCCUGGGCUUGGGGGGGCGGACGGGGCGCAUGCCACCCUGCUCUCCCCCGCCAACCAGGCGGGGUAUCCCCCCGCCACCCCAUCCCCGCCUGGGCUUGGGGGGGCGGACGGGGCGCAUGCCACCCUGCUCUCCCCCGCCAACCAGGCGGGGUAUCCCCCCGCCACCCCAUCCCCGCCUGGGCUUGGGGGGGCGGACGGGGCGCAUGCCACCCUGCUCUCCCCCGCCAACCAGGCGGGGUAUCCCCCCGCCACCCCAUCCCCGCCUGGGCUUGGGGGGGCGGACGGGGCGCAUGCCACCCUGCUCUCCCCCGCCAACCAGGCGGGGUAUCCCCCCGCCACCCCAUCCCCGCCUGGGCUUGGGGGGGCGGACGGGGCGCAUGCCACCCUGCUCUCCCCCGCCAACCAGGCGGGGUAUCCCCCCGCCACCCCAUCCCCGCCUGGGCUUGGGGGGGCGGACGGGGCGCAUGCCACCCUGCUCUCCCCCGCCAACCAGGCGGGGUAUCCCCCCGCCACCCCAUCCCCGCCUGGGCUUGGGGGGGCGGACGGGGCGCAUGCCACCCUGCUCUCCCCCGCCAACCAGGCGGGGUAUCCCCCCGCCACCCCAUCCCCGCCUGGGCUUGGGGGGGCGGACGGGGCGCAUGCCACCCUGCUCUCCCCCGCCAACCAGGCGGGGUAUCCCCCCGCCACCCCAUCCCCGCCUGGGCUUGGGGGGGCGGACGGGGCGCAUGCCACCCUGCUCUCCCCCGCCAACCAGGCGGGGUAUCCCCCCGCCACCCCAUCCCCGCCUGGGCUUGGGGGGGCGGACGGGGCGCAUGCCACCCUGCUCUCCCCCGCCAACCAGGCGGGGUAUCCCCCCGCCACCCCAUCCCCGCCUGGGCUUGGGGGGGCGGACGGGGCGCAUGCCACCCUGCUCUCCCCCGCCAACCAGGUGCGGUAUACCGUCCCUAGGCGGGGUAUCCCCCCGCCACCCCAUCCCCGCCUGGGCUUGGGGGGGCGGACGGGGCGCAUGCCACCCUGCUCUCCCCCGCCAACCAGGGAGGAGGAGGAGGGUGAAAGGGAAAAGUGGGGGGGGGGAAAGGAGGGGGGGUGCGUGUGUGCCUCUCACCCACCCACCGCCACCCCCUUCCCUCCCACUGAGUUGCUGGUGGGGGGAGCAGCGGGGUCCACAGCAGCGUUCUGCACCACGCCCUUUGAUGUUGUCAAGACGCGCCUGCAGACGCAUCUACCAGGCGCGCCCAAGUACAAGGGAGUGGUGGAUGCAUUCUCACGCAUCGCCAGGGAGGAAGGCAUUGGGGCGCUGUACCGAGGAGUGGCGCCUCGGCUGCUGAUCUACAUCUCCCAGGGCGCUAUCUUCUUUGCCUCGUACGAGCUGCUGCGCCGCCUGCUGCUGCCCCCGCCCUCCCUGCCCCUGCACGCACCGCACUCACAUGGACAGGCGCAGGCAACUCCGCAGGCACAGAUGCAGCUAAGAAAGAGUAAUAAGCAGCAGCAGCAGGAGGAGGAGGAGUAG